AGCGAUUCAACGAUUUCAUAAUUUAGUUACUAACCGGCUUUUGGAAAGUCAGCAUCGCACAUAUUUACUCACUUUCGAAUUAUUCUUUUAUAAAGGGGGUAGUUAAGUGUCUGUGACGUGUCGUACAAAUUUUUAAAAUUUUUCUUUCUCGACAAUAUAAGAUAACAGAAAUUUAUUAACAUGGCCGCAAAGAUUAAAGCCGGACCCGUCGUAGAUAUUUUGGGAGAUGAAAUGACCCGUAUUAUUUGGGACCUUAUCAAAGAGAAACUAAUCCUACCGUUCCUCGAUAUCGAAUUGCACGUCUACGAUUUAGGAAUCGAGCAUCGUGACCAAACCAACGAUCAAGUCACUAUUGAUUGUGCCGAGGCGGUCAAGAAGUACAACGUUGGCAUCAAAUGUGCAACAAUCACUCCCGAUGAAGCGCGUGUUAAGGAAUUCAAUUUGAAACAAAUGUGGAAGUCUCCCAAUGGAACGAUUCGUAACAUUUUGGGAGGCACUGUGUUCCGAGAAGCGAUCAUUUGCAAAAAUGUUCCUCGGUUGGUAACUGGAUGGGACAAGCCAAUUAUUAUUGGACGUCACGCUCAUGCUGAUCAAUAUAAAGCUACAGAUUUCAUCGUUCCCGGCGCUGGUACGUUGGAAUUGAGAUUUGUACCGGAAAAUGGCGGACCAGAAAUCAGUCAUAUCGUUAAUCAGUACAAGGGUGCUGGCGUUGCCUUAGGAAUGUUUAACACUGACGAAUCAAUUGUUGAUUUCGCCCAUUCUUCGUUCAAGUACGCGUUGGGCCGUAAAUAUCCACUGUAUUUGUCAACGAAGAACACCAUCCUGAAGAAGUAUGACGGACGAUUCAAGGAUAUUUUCGAAGAAAUUUACAACAAGGACUACAAACAGCAAUACGAAGCAGCCGGCAUUUGGUACGAACAUCGAUUAAUCGAUGAUAUGGUUGCCUAUGCCAUGAAAUCCGAAGGUGGCUUUGUAUGGGCAUGCAAAAAUUACGAUGGUGACGUGCAAUCAGAUUCCGUCGCUCAGGGAUACGGUUCAUUGGGUCUUAUGACAUCUGUGUUGAUUUGUCCCGAUGGCAAAACGGUCGAAGCAGAGGCAGCGCAUGGUACUGUUACGCGUCAUUAUCGUUUCCACCAGCAAGGCAAAGAAACCUCAACGAAUCCGAUCGCUUCCAUAUUCGCAUGGACUCGUGGAUUACUCCAUCGAGCACAGUUGGACAACAACGAUGCGUUGAAGAAAUUCGCCGAGACCUUGGAAGCGGUUUGCAUCAACACCAUUGAAUCUGGUUUCAUGACAAAGGAUCUUGCCAUUUGCGUUAAGGGAAUGAACAAUGUCACGAAGGGUGACUACUUGGAAACGUUCGCAUUUAUGGAUAAAUUGGCUGAGAAUUUGAGAAAAGCUCUGGCCUGACUGCCUGUGUCAAGUCGAUUGUGAUUUUCUAUUUUUAAUUUUUUUUUUAUAAAUUUAAUUUGAAGUGGCUGUUGAAUGUCACAAAGAGAUUUCGAUUACGUUUUGAUGAUUAAAUCAUGCGAUUGUUUCCACGUUUUUCAUUCUUUCUGUUCAAUCGGUGGAUGUUAAUUGAAUUGCUGACGAAAGCAAUUCAACGGGUUAUCUGACAAUUUUUUUUUCGACAUUAUCUAAUGAUUUUAAUGAGUGUACCACGAGGCGUAGCUCGAUUUUAUGAAUAAAAAGUAUUUGUAUGAAACAAA